CAGACAGCAAAGGUGUUGGUAAAUAUGCUGGGGAUGAGCGUGGAUAUCGGCCUGCUCCUGGACAACCUUUACUGCAUGGAUAUUACUUCAUGGAUGGUCAUGCACUCGAUUUCGAUGUUUUUGGAGAUGGGAAUUACCACAUACAGCUUAAUGGUUUGACCUUCAGCUUCUACAUGAAGCUCAAGCUGGGGAAGUACCUGUCUGUUAAGGACAUGACGGCUGACUUCACACUCAAAGACUCUGUGGUACAGUUUGAGCAUCUGAUGAACGGCGGCAUUGUUGGUGGACUGAUCAACGAGGCUCUGAGUGUAGAGCUGCCCAGAGUUCUGGGUGUAGUGGAGAGCUAUGUGCUGCCACCGCUUAUUGACCUCCUGGUGAACCGCACCAAUGACUACCUUCACCAGUUUCCCAUCAUCCCAGACUUCAACAUAACAUUAUGGUCUUAGUUUAUAAACAGUCUGUAUGAUUUACUGUGGGGAAAAAUAUGUACCCAUAAAAUGAAUGAUAUAUUUUGGAGGUCAAAAUUCAUCUUCUUGCUGACGUCCUUAUUAUAUAUUACUAAAUCUUCAAAAUAACCAAUACUCAUUUAUUGCUCAAUAUGUUCUACUUACUCUCAUUGUUAUAAUUAUUAAUAAUACUUGACGCAAUGCGUCAUUUUACUCGGAAUUACCAACUUGCUGUGUAUCAGCUAUUAUACAUAUAUACUAGUAUACAUACAUAUAUACAUAUAUACUAGUAUACAUAUAUACUAUUAUUGCGCAAAAUGAUUCAUAUAAAGAAUAAAGAAAAGACACAGUGGAUAAGCAAGCUUUUAUUGUUGUUCACAAUUUACGUAAACGACAUAGAUGAGGGAAUAAAUAGCGACAUAAGCAAAUUUGCUGAUGACACCAAAAUAGGCCGUCCAAUUCAUUCUAAUGAGGACACUAGAGCACUCCAGGAUGAUUUGAAUAGACUGAUGCAAUGGUCGGAGAAGUGGCAGAUGUAGUUUAAUAUUGACAAAUGCAAAGUUCUAAAUGCUGGACAGGUAAAUAACCAUGCCACAUAUAAACUAAAUAAUGUAGAUCUUAAUACUACUGAUUGCGAAAAGGAUUUAGGAGUUCUGGUUAGCAGUAAUCUAAAACCAAGACAACAGUGCAUUAGUGUUCGUAAUAAAGUUAACAGAAUUCUUGGCUUCAUAUCUAGAAGUAUAAAUAAUAGAAGUCCUCAGGUUGUUCUUCAACUCUAUAUAUCCUUGGUUAGGCCUCAUUUAGAUUAUGCUGCUCAGUUCUGGUCACCGUAUUACAGAAUGAACAUAAAUGCUCUGGAAAACGUACAAAGGAGGAUGACAAAGAUGAUCCCAUAUAUCAGAAAUCUUCCCCAUGAGAAUACACCGAGGACCCUGAAUCUGCACUCUCUAGAAAGGCGUAGAAUUAGGGGGGAUAUGAUCGAGGCGUAUAAAUGGAAAACAGGAAUAAAUAAAGGGAAUGUAAAUAGCGUGCUGAAAAUAUCCAGCCAAGACAGGACUCGCAGCAAUGGUUUCAAGUUGGAAAAAUUUAGAUUCAGGAAGGAUGUAGGAAAGCACUGGUUUGGUAAUAGAGUUGUGUAGUUUUAAAAAUAGAUUAGGUAAAUACAUGAGUGGGUAUGAGUUGGACCUGACUAGCUUGUGCUGCUGGGCCAGGUGACGUGCUCCUUUCUUGAGUGGAGGUGACCAGACUGGGUGGGUCGUUUGGCUAAUCCGGGGGAGGAAUGGACCUGCUCCGCAUGGGUCAGCAGGCCUGUUGCAGUGUUCCUUCCUUCUUUCUUAUAAAAACAUUAAAAAGCAGGAAUACUGCAGCAGGCCUCUUGGCCCAUACUAGGCAGGUCCUUUACAAUUCAUCUCACUAACAAAACAUUUGCCCAACCUAAAUUUCAAUGCUACCCAAGAAAUAAGGUCUGAUAACUCUAUCCACUCAUUUGAAAGUCCCACUCAAAUCCAACCCUUCCCACUCGUAAAUUUAUCCAACCUAAAUUUGAAGCUACCUAAAGUCCUAGCCUCAAUAACCCAACUAGGUACACAGUUCCACUCAUCAACUACCCUAUUUCCAAACCAAUACUUUCCUAUGUCCUUUCUAA